GCCGGAUGGUCGCUAUGUGAAGCCCCCCAGUGCCAAGCUCACCUAUGGAACAAUGGUGUUUGUUCGGUCCCUUAUUGUUGGUCUGUCUGCCAUAAACUUGGCUAAGUCAUGUACAAUUGCUAUUCGCUACAGCGCUGUACGUCAUCAGUCUGAAAUUCGUUCCGGAGAACCUGAGCCCCAGAUCUUGGACUAUCAAACACAACAGUACAAACUUUUCCCUUUGCUGGCAACAGCCUAUGCAUUCACCUUUGUGGGUCAGUACAUAAGCCAAACUUAUCAUCAUAUCAUGGGAGACAUCAACCAUGGAGACUUCAGUGAACUGCCAGAGCUCCAUGCCCUCUCUGCUGGACUGAAGGCCUUUACCACUUGGGCAACUAACAGUGGCAUUGAAGUGUGCCGCAUGUCUUGUGGUGGACAUGGUUAUUCCUGCAGCAGUGCCUUUCCUGACCUUUAUGUACAGUUCACUCCCACCUGCACAUAUGAAGGGGAAAAUACUGUUAUGAUGUUGCAGACUGCAAGAUACCUGGUCAAAAGCUACAGGCAAGCCAAAGCUGGUCAACAGCUGAAAGGCAUUAUGGCAUAUCUGAAUGACAUGGAGCAGCGUCAAGUCCGAGCCCAUCCGGCCUCUGCCAGGCCAACCGUCGUGGACAUCAAUGACCUGAGUAACCUUGUGGAAAGCUAUAAACUCCGGGCUGCAACACUUGUUGAGUCUGCUGCCAGAAGCAUCCAGCAAGAGUUACAGAAGAGGAAAAAUCAAGAAGACGCUUGGAAUAACAGUGCUAUUGACUUAGUCAGAGCCUCAGAUGCCCAUUGUCACUAUGUGGUAGUGAAGCUCUUCACAGAAAAGCUGAGUGAGAUCGGGGACACAGCCAUACACUCGGUGCUGUCCACCCUGGCUCUGUUGUAUGCUCUGCAUGGCAUCACAAAAAACUCUGGGGACUUCUUGCAGGCUGGACUUCUGACUGUGCCUCAGAUGCAGCAGAUCUCUGUGCGUAUUAAAGAGCUGCUGUGUCUGCUCAGACCCAACGCUGUUGCACUGGUGGAUGCCUUUGAUUUCAAUGACAAAAAUCUCAACUCUGUCCUGGGACGAUAUGAUGGAAAUGUUUAUGAGAACCUGUUUGACUGGGCCCGGAGGUCACCACUCAAUGCUACAGAGGUCCAUGAGUCCUUUCACAAGUACCUGAAGCCUCUGCGGUCCAAGCUCUGAGUAUAAGGCAGGUUGAUGGACACUGCUGCUCUGAAGAGCAACAAUAUUGCAGGAAUAUUGUGGACGUUAAAAAAUUUUAAGAAAUAUUUUUGAAUGAAACAUGAGACUUUUGUCUAUUCUAAAGUGAAAAUUAAAUCAUGCAUUUGUUUUUUAUUUUAUCUGUACAGUAUAAUAGUUACUGACUAAUUUAAGUAAUAAAAUAAUUACUUUUAUUUCUAUGAAAUAAUGCACUUAAAUAUCCCAAAUUUGUCAAAACAUGUUGUCAUUUUGUGUGAACUCAAUCUUUGCAUAUUAUUGCUGUGAGGAAUAGGGCAGUUUUUACUUCGAAUGACUAUGUCUCAAUCACUGUGUUUCAAUGAAGUUCAGAAUAUGUUUAAUAAUAAUAAUAAUAAUAAUGGCCACUCAAAA